GCCUGGGGUCAGGUUUACGUUGUGAACCGGAAGUAGUAACGAUCGUGUCGGUGUUUGGCGUGGGGUGGUAGCUAUCGAAAUAUACUCGCUUUUUGAAAAGCACAGAAAAUGGCUGUUGAAUCAAGAGUAACACAAGAAGAAAUUAAAAAGGAGCCCGAGAAGCCCGUUGACAGAGAAAAGACUUGUCCUCUGCUUCUGCGGGUUUUCACCACGAACAACGGCAGGCAUCACAGGAUGGACGAGUUUGCUCGGGGUAACGUCCCCUCUAGCGAGCUGCAAAUAUACACCUGGAUGGAUGCUACUCUGAAGGAGCUCACCAGUCUGGUAAAAGAGGUUUACCCUGAGGCUCGAAAAAAAGGCACACAUUUUGGCUUUGCCAUAGUCUACCCGGACCCCAAAAGGCAGGGGUAUAGAGUGAAGGACAUUGGCAAUACUGUGUCGGGUCGGAAAGGUGCUGAUGAUUCCAUGACUCUACAGUCGCAACGUUUCCAGAUUGGCGACUACCUGGAUAUUGCCAUCACACCUCCUAACAGAGCCCCACCCCUUCCCAGUCGCAUGAGGCCCUACUGACACACCACCCCCUCAGUUUUGUAUUGCAUAGGUAGUACCAGUGUUGUCAUGGAGUCGUCUCCCUCUGACUUCAAUAUGCUUACAUCUGAAACUUCCUGUGUUCUAUUCCAACCCUUUGACUUAUAAAGCAAUGGCCAGAGAACUUGUUACGUGAUUUUUCAAUAAAAUUUUAAAUGUA